AAAAAAAAAUACACACUUAUAUAGAUAUAUUUAUAGUUAUAUAUCUAUAAAUAUAUAUAAAAUUAUAUAAUUGUUUUUCCUUUAAUUAAUUUUAAAGUGAAGAAAGUAUAGCUAUCUGAAAAUAUCAAUACGGUUUCCAUUUUAUUUUAUUGUUAAAAUGCCUCUCAAAAGGCCACGUGCUCUAAAACAGCUGCAGGUUACACGCGAGAAUCAGUCUGUAUCGAUUACUGACACAAUGACUUUAGUAGUUAAGGGUGAAGGUGGUGUAGAGAUGAGAGUAAAGCAAACAGGAAUUGCUCAGUCUGUACCCUCAACAACCACGAUGGAUCAACCAAAGUCAGAUGCAAUAAUGAACAAAUUACGAUUUGAAGACCUACACAUAGGUAAUGAACUGGGAAGAGGGUCUCAAGGAAAAGUUCGCAUUGUUCAGCACAAGAUUAGUAGUGAAAAGUAUGCCCUCAAAUCUAUUGUCUUUGAGAGUGACUCUGAUUAUACACGUUUAGCCCUUGAAUCUGAACUGCGACAAGUAGCUGCAGUUAAACAUAAAAAUAUAGUUUCUUCUUAUGAGGCCUUUUUUCGUGAUGGAAGACUCUACAUCGCUUUGGAGUAUAUGAAUGCAGGUACAAUGAAUGAUAUUAUUAAAUUAUAUCCCGAAGGUUUAACUGAAGAGAUGCUUGCCUACAUUGCGCGUGAAUUAUUUCAAGGGUUAGAGUAUCUUCACAGUCUUAAAAUAGUUCACCGCGAUAUCAAGCCUGCUAACGUUCUUGUAAAUAAUAAAGGUGAAGUCAAGAUAUCAGACUUUGGUGUAGCUAAGACUUUUUCUGGAGCAGACUUACAAACAUUUUCUUCUCAAGGCUCUAUUCCAUAUAUGAGCCCAGAACGGAUAAAAUCUCAAUCUUAUUCAUUUGAUAGUGACAUUUGGAGCGCCGGCUUGACUAUUGCUGAGUGCGCAAUAGGCCGAUAUCCAUUCGAUUCACUUAAGUCAAAGAUGUUUGAAUUAUGUCAAGCUAUUGCCUUAGGAACAGCUCAGAUUGAGUGGAAUACAUCCGAGAGACGCUUUAGUAGUGAGUUGAUGAGAUUUGUUGAAUUAUGUUUAGCACCAGCGAAGCAGCGGCCAACGGCCUCGGAGUUGUUACAACACGCAUUUAUUCAAAAGGCUUCCCAUAUUCAAUAUUCUGAGGCAGGAGAGUGGUUUAAAAGCACAGACACAUUAUUAUUUUAGUAGUAUAGAAUCGGAAUGAAAAAAAUCAAAUGUGCUUCUCCGUCGAGGAAAAGAGAAAGAAAAAAAAAAUCAAUACACCAAAAACCUUGAACACCGGGCGUCAAUUUAUCGUUUAUGGUCGUAUUAUUUUUAA